AUGGAAGUUGCCUUGGAAGAAGCCAAGAAAGCAUUAAGUAUGCAGGAAGUGCCCAUAGGGUGUGCUGUAUAUUCUGGCGGCAUGCUAAUUGACAAGGCACAUAACUUAACAAAUUACUUAAGAGAUCCAUUAGCACACGCAGAGAUGCUGUGUCUAGAGAGACUUUCAGAUGAAGUCCUCAUGGAAUCAGAGCUAUUUAUUACAUGCGAGCCAUGUCUUAUGUGUCUUGCUGCCUUAAUUAAGAAAAAAGUAGCCAGGAUAGUUUACAGCUGCAAAAAUCCUCGUUUUGGAGGAACAAGUCUCUAUGUCUCCUCAGGGGUAUUAAUAGAGACAGAGUCUCCCACAGAAUAUUUAAUAAGAAAUGAAAAUAGAAAGAUAAAAAUAGAAUAUUGCGAUGAUAGUGAGAGGAGCAUAGGGAUUUUAAAGGAAUUCUAUGAAGGCGCAAAUGAAAGGGUUUUGAUAAAAGGCGGUAUAAAAAAAAGAAAGAAAUGA